AUGACAGCCUCCAGUCAACCUAUCCACCACUCAACCACACCCCUAAAACCCCUCACCCAGCCUUACCCGACUCACCACUCAACCACACCCCUUCACCCAGCAGCCCCUAAAACGCCCCUCACCCAAGCCAUACCACUCACCAAACCCCUAAAGAACCCACCGCCAGCCUAUACCACUCAACCACACCCAGAACCCCUCACCCAGCCUAUACCCGCUCUAACUCAACUGGAGGCCCCACUCAAAACCCUAUCGCAGCCUAUACCACUCAACCCACACCCCCUAAAACCCACCCGCCUAUACCACUCAACCACACCCCCUAAAACCCCUCACCAGCCUAUACCAUCAACCACACCCCCCCUAAAACCACUCACCCAGCCUUAUACCACUCAACCACACCCCAAACCCCCUCACCAGCCGUAUACCACUCAACCACACCCCCUAAACCCCUCACCCACCCUAUACCACUCAACCACACCCCCAAACCCCUCACCCCCUAUACCACCACCUCUCACCCAGCCUAUACCACUCAACCACCACCCCAAACCCCUCAGCCCAGCCCUCAUACCACUCAACCCCACACCCCACUACAAAACCUAUACCUACAACCACACCCCUAAAACCCCUCACCCCAGCCUAUACCACUCAACCACACCCCCCCAAACCCCUCACCAGCUAUACCACUCAACCACACCCCCAAAACCCCUCACCCAGCCUAUACCACUCAACCACACCCCCAAACCCCCUCACCCAGCCUAUACCACUCAACCACACCCCCAAAAACCCCUCACCCAGCCUAUACCACUCAACCACACCCCCAAAACCCCCUCACCCCAGCCUAUACCACUCAACCACACCCCAAAACCCCUCACCCAGCCUAUACCACUCAACCAUCCCCCAAACCCCCUCACCCAGCCUAUACCACACACCCCAAAACCCCUUACCAACCUAUACCACUCAACCACACGCCCAAACCCCUCACCCCCCUAUACCACACACCCAAAACCCCUCACCACCCUAUACCAACUCAACCACACCCCCUAA